AUGUCCGAUAGAGACUCUCAUAGACUCCAGGAGGUUAGGUUAGCAAGAGCAAAACUCAAUACGUACAAAUCUUUCGAUGCUGAAGAAGAUUUCGAAUUCUGUCCUAUCGUAAAUUCUCAGCGCUACGCCAAAGACCAACGCUCGACUUUGCACUCACCCCAAAACCUUAAUCAGAUAGACUCUGCCUCGCUCUUCAAGAUUCUGACUGCCGCAAAUCAGCAACCUCCAAAGUUGCCCCAGAUCGAACAAGUCCCUGCUUUCUGCCUCCCGCAAAACACUAUCGCACCUCGCCAAGCCCAGACAGAGCAGUCCUCGAAGCACCCAAAUUUCAAUUAUAUAUCAGAUACACCAACGACGGGAUCUGAAGCAGCGUCCUCAAGCACUUCGUCGCUCAAAUUUCACUCGGUGUCUUCCAAAACUGCAGAACAGCUUCAAUCGAUUUACUCGAUGGCCGAGGAUAAACAUCCUGGGAGAAUGCGCAUUGUGUCUGGUUGA